AUGAAUAUAUAGUUAAAAUAAAUAAUACAAGGAAUACAUAAAAACUAUUUAUAUAUUAUAUAUCAAUUAUUUUGUAAGCUUGAAGCAAUUACAUAACAAAAGGACUUUUGUGAGUGACGCUUUGAAAUGUCCUCAGACAAAGGUAGAGGAAGUUCUGUCGCGGAGGAGAAGCGACCCUCGAUGUGGGAGGAGUUGAUGAGGAAAUUUAUUGAAGAGCACAAAGUAGAAUGCAAGGCGGUGUCAGUUGAUAUCCCGCGGGUGACACGCUCCGCCAAGGAGUUCCCAACAGGUUCCCGCUACGAGGGCACAUGGGACGUGCUCGGCAUGAGCGGCUACGGACUCUACACCUUCCCCAACGGUGUAAUCUACGAAGGCGAGUUUGAAGACGGUAUGUUCCACGGUCGUGGUGAGCUUCGUUAUCCGUGCGGAGCGGUCUUGUACGGCAAAUGGACGCGCGGUGUGUUGGGAGAGAAGACACUCGCGUUUGCCGAUGGUUUGGAAUACGAUGAAGACUUAUGGCCUUACUGCGUUAUGCCUGACCGAAGAUUCACCAUAGAACACAAUAAAGGAUUGAAACCAGCCGGUGAAUCGUACACAACGCCCGAUCAGCCUCCGCGGGAGAUACCAAAAGGAUUUUACGACACAGGAGACGGAUUCUACGAUCCUGAUACUAAAGUUGUCUACAAAGUCGAUGACCCCACUUCUAUUGUCAGAUACCCAUGUGAGGUGGAACAGAAAUGGAUCUUGGAGAACUGUCGCACCAACCCAGAGUCGACAGUUGGUCCACGAGAAGACCUGUAUGAGGAAUGGGUCCUGCCUAUGAUUUACGUGCCCACGAUGCAGUCCUCUAUGUCCAUGUCUAUGGCGUCUUUUUCCUAUCGGUACAGCACGGACUACGGACAUGAUUCCGACUCUGGUGAUGCAAAUCAAGUCAACGAGAAAUCUUCCAGUUCCACUUCUACAUCUGCUUAAGUUUUAUUAGUUUUAAAUGUUUAUUUUAAUUGCAUGCUAUGCUAUUUGUUGUUACUAUGUUGUAUAUGGGUCAUCAAUUUUGUCACAUUAUAUGUGUACAAAACUGUUAACCUAAUUUUUAAUUUAUUUAUUAUUUUUUUCUUCUAGCUAAACCCUAAAUAACUUAUGUUGAAGAUUAGA